AUGGCAGCCAGCACUGAUCCUGUGCCGCAAACCCUCCCGGCCGAACGGCCAGAUACUGCUAUGCCGGACGAUCCGAUGAACGGCGCCAGAACGGUGCCCAUCAUUGAGACCUCAGCACCCUCUCCAGGAGACCCAAUGGAGAUUACUUCGCCUACGAGCUCCUCGGCGCCGCAAUCGGCGACCAAGAGUCCCGAGAUCGAGAUCAAGGUCAAUGGCAGCACUCCGAGCCAACCGGCGCCGAGCGCCAACACCUCGCCCGCCGACAGCAACAACGGCAGCAGCAGCAGCAGCAGCAGCAGCAGCAGCAGCAGCAACGCCGUCGUGUCGUCUCAGGCGCCGGCUCCGGCAGCUCCCGCUGUUCAUCAGCCUAAGAUCGUCCAGACGGCCUUUAUCCAUAAGCUCUACAACAUGCUAGAAGAUAAAUCCAUAUCACACCUGAUCUCCUGGACGGCCAAUGCUGAGAGCUUUGUCAUGCAGCCGUCCCACGAGUUCUCCAAGGUUUUGGCGCAUGGCGCCGGCAACUUCAAGCGCGGUGACCUCAAUGGCCUCCGUGAGAUCAAGCGCAGAGCAUCGCGCCAUGCCCUGGUGCAUCGCGAGUACAACAACCAAAAGACGCAGCAGAAUCAAACCACUUCGCAGCCAGAACCGGCCCAGCAAAUGCAGGAUAGCAAUGACGCUAGGGUCGCUAAUCUGGAGAACUUGGUCCACAACCUGUCAGCACGGCUCCAGCGCCAGGAAGACCAGGUGCACCACAUGCAAAUCCGGCAUCAAGCCGUCAUGGAAACAGUGUCCCGGUUACUGCAUUUUAACUAUGAGCUGUCACGCGCUGUAAUGGCCCUAGCCCCAAGCUCUGACAACCCCAUCCACCGGGACGUCUCGGCCCUGCAGGCAGAAGUCCAGCGACAGAUGGAUUACUUCCGCUCCCUCGAAGAACCCCACGAUCAGCUCUUUGCCGGCAGCCGCCCCUACUUCGCUAAUGUCGAGAACGCACCUGUAUCUCCCCGCCAGCUGCCUCAAGAUGAUCCCCGACGCGGCUCUGCGGCCGGUCUUCCUGUCCCUCCGCCCCGGCAACCGGCCACGGCAAACAACUACUACCGCCCCUCUGUUCCAUCGAAUCUGUCCAUUGGCACGCGCCGUCCGUACGGUUCAAUAGGGGGUGCCGGCACAGCCCAAUCCUCACCAUCCUCGCUGCGUGUCCAGCCACCUCCGCCGCCGCCUCCGGGUCCUCACAAUCACCAUUUGGCAAACGUAACUGACUUCGGCCCUAAUUUGGCCCGGCGUCACACCUCAGCCGAUAUCCGUGCCCACGGCUGGCAACCCAACCCGAACCCGAACCCACCACCAUUCGGCGGUCCCCCGUCAUCCUCUUCCGGCCCGUCCUCCUCUCAAUGGCCCCCAUCCCCGAACCGUCUUGCCCCUCCCCCAACAACCGAAGACCAGCGUAUCCGCGAGUCCUUCUCCCACUACUCCUUCCAGUCGGCAUCCUCCGGCGCACCGCAAUCUCACUCGCGCCCUGCGACCCCGCCCCCACCACACGCCUUCACGAACGGCGGUGGUCCCCCCCCGCCGCCGCCGCCGCCACCUACUCUGCCAACGGUCCAGUACCCUGGCCAACAACAGGGCCCGUUGCCGCCGCCGACGGUGCAUGUCGAUAACACAUUUGGCAGCUGGUCGUGGAACUCAGCAAGCAGUAGUAGUAGGGACCGGUUGGGGGUGAAGGUCGAUUCGGCGCCGCCGACAAGGAGGGGAAGCAUGGCCCAUAUCUUGAAUCCGGCGGAGCCGGGUAUGGAGGAUGAGGUUGAUCCGAGGGAUGAUUUGGAGAGGAAGAGGAAGAGGCUGCAAUAG